AUGGUGUCUACUUGGCCUGACAUCUCCCAUCUCGCGAUAACUAAACCGGAGCUGAUCGGUGUCUUACGACAAAUGGGUCCUCAAGUUAAGUGGCCUCCUAAGAUGAAGACCGCCGGGGCUAAUCGAAAUCCCAAGCGAUGGUGCGAGUUCCAUAGUGAUCAUGGCCAUACUACGGAGGAUUGCAUAGCCCUAAAGAUGGAAGUCGCCGAGCUCCUCAAGAAAGGCUACCUACGGGAGUUCUUCUCGGAUAAAGCCAAGAACCUUCUAAAUAAAGAAGGUCCCAGUCUCCCUAUCGAGGCAGCUCCUGCAUUGCCACCACAGCAAGACCGGGUGAUCCACGUCAUCACAGGUGGAUCAGAGGUGAGCGGAAUUAGCAGUGCCGCAGCCAAGAAAAGUACUCGCAAUGCCAGGAACGGCCGAGAGGCCGAAGGUCCCAAGCGCUUGCUCCUUGGAACAGAUGAGAUCAGUUUCACUGCAAGGGAGCAGGAGAAGGUCCUCGCCCCUCACCAUGACGCUCUCGUCAUCUCACUUACCAUAGCGAACUGCUUGGUCAAGCGGAUACUAGUAGAUAAUGGGAGCUCCAGAACAUAA